AUGACAUCGUCCAGACGUGUUUCACUACUCGUGCACGAACAACGCAUCCAGAAUCACACCGCCGCUACGCUGCAGCUGGCAGCGGCGUACUGCACGCCUUGUCCGCCGCCCAACAACGCAGGCCUUAAGUCUGCUGCUCCAGAGUUCUGGAAAGCCCGCCGGAAAGACAAGGAUGCAUCUUCGAGCGCGGCGGCGGCCAAGGAGCCCAAGAUGUACCUGGAGUCGACGGUGCUCGAGUGCACCAUCCCCGAGUCGCGACUGCGCGACCUGGUGGACCUGCCCGAGGGGCUCGACUACAACGAGUGGCACGCAUCGCACACACUGGCGUUCUUUGACCACAUCAACCUCCUGUACGGGACGGUGUCCGAGUUUUGCACCAUGUCUGGCUGCCCCGACAUGACUGGCCCAGGCAACAGGCAAUACCUGUGGUUUGAUGAGAAAGGGAAGAAGUGCAAGGUGGCUGCUCCCCAGUACAUAGACUAUGUGAUGACCUUCACCCAAAAGACGGUCAACGAUGAGUCCCUCUUCCCAACAAAGUUUGAACGCGAGUUUCCCAGCUCUUUCGAGUCCCUGGUGAAGAAGAUCCAUGGACUUCUGCUGCAUGUCCUGGCGCACCUGUACCAUGCCCACUUCAGGGAGAUGGUCUUGCUGCAGCUGCACGGCCACCUGCAUUCGAUAUUUGCCCACUUUACCCUCUUCAACGCGCGCUUCAAUCUGGUGGAUCCCAAAGAUGCCGCCGUGCUACAGGACUUGGCCGUUGCCCUCGGACUCUGUCCGCCUGCCGAGAGCGCCAACGGAAGCCCUGCCGCCUCUUCCUCUACGCCUUCCUCCUCGGCCAUCGCAGCAGGCAGCAGCACAGACGAAGAUUCUGCAGCUGCGGAAGCCACCCCGGCUUCAGUGGCUGCCCCCAUGGACGUAUCCCUCUCGCCUUCGGCGAUGCAGCGAUCUGUGGUUACCUCCAGCAUCGAGGCAGCUCCGAUAUCAAUGGCCGCUACAACGGCCGGGAGUGUGGUGCCCGCGCAGUAGGUCGUUGCGGUCACCGCUUUGUUAACGUUUUGUCGAGUGCCUGUGGUGAUAGCAGCCUGUGGUGUGGAUUGUCGGUUCCCCCGAGAGUGGUAUCGGGGGGGCAUUUCCGUCGUGCAUCCACAACAGCCGGUAGUGCUGUGCUCGUCGCUGGUGGUGCCACGAAGGGGAUGACGUCACUUCGGUGUGAUUAGGUGGCUCUGCUGGCAACAGCAGCAGCAUCAAGCAAAUUGUUUGUUGUUUUCACUGUUACGCUGGGUUGAAAUGUGGCUUCGCUGCUCUGCCCAUCCUCCGCUUGACACUAGAGUGAUUAUAGUCGCAGUUAUGGCAGUGUUAUGUGGCAGGCGUGGGAGGCCUUUACCCCCCUCUCCCCUACCCCUGCAGGGCGGUACUACAUCCGUGCCACGAGUGCUGAAAAAGCACGGGCCUUGUGGAAUAGCCUCUGCAGAGUAGCUCGUUUUGAACCCCCAGCUAGUUAAAAGCAACCUUCACGACAGUAGCUGGGAUAGUUAUGUCUGUGCUGAGGUAGGAGGGGGGUUACUACUAGGCAAUUGGCUGGAGUGGUUGAUCUAGGGAGAGUCACUAUGUCCAUCAUUUUGGGAUCAUGAAAGUGGCGGAACACGUGGUGAAUAUUAAUUUGCUAGAGCUUGCAGGCACCUUCCAUGCAUGGCGCUAGCUUGAUAACUAACCCUGUGUGACGGUGGCAAGAAGUCUUGGUUGCCAUUAAAAAAAAAACGCACUGUCAGUGUCUGCGUAAAAUCAGGGUCAGGAAAAAGGCUGACAUUUUCAUUGGGAAAGAAAGAAAACAACAACAACAACAAAAAAGCAUGCUGGUGAAGUAGCUAUGGUGCCAGCAACUGAGUCAAAGGAAAAAAAGAAGAGAUUGUAAACUGCAAUAAGACUGCGACGACUUUGGUGAAUUGGAAAUACUUCAUAGCUGAUAUACCGUGUAGACUCUUCUAAGGGUUGCACCCCCAAAUUGGCAGUCGAAAAUAUGGGAGAAAAAAUUGGGAAUUGGGAAAUAUGGGAGCAGCAGUCACAUUGUCGGAAGAAGCAGUCAAUGUGCUCUGAUGCCGCGCACGCACACUGGCGAAUUUCGGUAUUCUGCGUACUUCCCUGUGCUGCUACUAGAUAGCCAGUGCCAGGGUGUGCGAAAGAUUCGCUGGCACCAUUUUGACCAAUAAUUUCGGUCUCGUGUAAGGACCGCACCUUGUGAAAAUUGUGAAAAAAAAAGAGUGCUGCUCUUGCACAAGUUUAUACGGUAGAUCAGCACAUAAAAGACAUUGGACAGACAGAAUUGUUCUGUGUGUUUUCUGUGGGCUGAUAUAUGUUGCUAUGAAGAAAAUGAUGUUAGGUGUAGCUUUUGUGCAUGUUGUUUUGCAUUUUGCUGCAAUUCAUUUGGACUUGUGAUCAGGUAGAAAUCAUUUCUUAUAGAUUAUUGAUUCGAAUUUGGCCUAUUUCUUUGUUUACAUUGUUGCACUUAAGAUGCAGCAUUUUAUGAAAAUUGUAGUUGAGAGAUAAAAUAUUUUGCUCGUUGCAUUUUCUAUAUUCAGAAAAAAAGAGUAUUUUGUGCAGAAUAAUAUUGACCCAUUGCAGUUGUGAUGAAUAUGUUGUGCCACCCUGUCAGCAUUUUCGAUCUUCUGGGCACAGUUGUGUGCAUUCAUUUGAAAGUGCACAUCCUCUAGAAUAGCAAGCGCUUUCCAGUGCAGUGCUUAAUAAUCUAAGGGUUAAAGCACCAACUUCCCAGAUUUUAUGCCAAGCUGCAUAGGUGUCAUGGCUGCCCUGUUUCUGAAGUCAUCCACAAUUUUCCGUCGGGAAGGGACAGGGCCUGCAAGCUCUGCAAUAGUACAUUCUUGGUAGGCACGAGCUUACAAGGCUUCACGCUGCAGUUGAUUUCGAAGGUUGCUUAAAGUGGCUGUACCUUGUAUUGAGAACUGUCUUGUAUCAAGAGAGUGAUUGCACCGGUGGAAAUGACUCUGGUAGACAGGUCACGGGAGUCCCGCCACUUUCUCCGUUGCUCUGCAGGUUGGAGGCUCAUGAUACGAGUCAGUCUGGUUGGUGACCCAAAUUGGUGCCUGCCAGGUUGUUCGGGCAGGCAACGCAUGGUUACUCCAAAAACUCGCACAAUUGCCAGCCCCACUUAGUGAAGUAGGAGAGGAGGGGGGUGGGGUCGUGUGUAUGUGUGUUGUGUGGCGUGGUGACAAUUGCGUCUACUCGUCAUUCUUCCGCAGGAGCGGAGGAGGGAAAUAAAAUGGGGAGAGAGAGCAAGAGGGGGGCCUAUUUAUUUUCUGUCGUCGCCUCGGCCCACACUCGCACACACAUACAUAGCCACUAGGUGACACACAGCUGGGACUUUCAUGUGUGCGAGGUGACACACAAACACACAGAAUAUGUAAAUAGGAUGAUGCUCUAUUUUUAAGAAGCACUAGAGGUUGGUGAUUUAGGCAAGUCUUUCUUCUCUCCAUUCUAUCCCCCCCUUCCCCCCGCCCGAAUCCACUCCCCCCCCUCUGGGCAUUUGGAGUUGCACGUGCAAUGGGUGUGUCGACCAUCAUCGUCACUGGCAGGGAGGGUGGACAGGGUCGAUGAUGGCAGCUUGCAAAGAGGUCCUUCUUGCCUUUGCCUCAACUGUUUAGCCACCUGUUUUUGUACGUACGUCUAGGUGGCGAUUGUCGAGGAUGUACCUGCUUCGUCAUUCGUCAAUCUGCAAGGAAGAAACACUGUUUGGUUUCACCUGCCUCCUCCACUUGUGGUUCCUGCACCUCAUUGGUUGUUGGUUUCCGAUGGCUUCCGUGUUGUGGGCUUCUAAAAGUGGUCCUUCUCGGUGAUGCAGUGUAUGUGCAUGGCUGGAAAUGUGAACAGUCUUGCUCUUGCUGUGCCUGCAUCGUGCACCAGGUGCAUGUCAGUGAAUCGGCCGUUGCUGCAUUCUCUGCAGAUGGACCAGCUGUCUAACGGGCAAAACGACAGUGGUGGUGGUGUUUGCGUGCAAGAAGUUUAAUUGAUUUCUGCUUUUGAGAAGUCAUUCUUGAGGCUAAAGUUGAGCGCAACUUUCAGCUCUCGGCAGCCCGCUGUCACAGGCUGCAUGACAGCAGUGGACAUUGGAUGUAUCAGCGUAGCAAGUGAACUUCCGAGAAUUGUAACCAUUUAGACAUGGUGCUGAAGGGAGGGGUUCAGUUAAUAAGCUAACAGCUACUGAAAGUAUGUGUGUAGAGCUGCAUUGAUAGCGAUUAGGAAGUAUUGGCAAAACUAAGCUGCUUGAUGAAAACAUUUAGGAGCUCACAUUUUCACUAGUGUCACUAGUCUAUAAACAAAGUAAUUUUCAAAAAUCGAAGGCCUAUCUACAGUUGCACCAACCAUUGGCACAUUAGAGACAUUAGACAUCAGAAGUAGCCUUAGCUAAGUCAUCUUUUUAAGAAUUUGUCUGGCUUUCUAAAUGGCCCUUACACAUUAACCGAUGCAGAGCAAGAGGCUUGGUACUAAUCUUCAAACAUCACGUCUUGAGUUACAGACUGUGUUCGUUAAUUUAAGCUGCUAGUAUUGGAGAGGUUUAGCAACAUGUAGAAGUCAUGCCAACUCUGACACCUCUGUCAGUGGGCUUUUGCUGUUCACUGUGGCUUCAGAAAAAAAACUUUUUAGGCUGCACCAACUGUAAUUCUUGCAGCAGUUUCUCAAAAUUUGUGAUGACCCGCAAUAUUUUGAGCGGCAUCAUGGCUUGCAGAACAGUGUUAAGAAAUUAUCUGCGUGUACCCUAACCCACUCCUGCAGUAUCUUGGAACAAACUCGCUUCUUUAAAGGCAGCCUCAGUGGUACCUUACGAUGGGGGCUAGUUUCACUUCCCAUUGGGAGGCAAGCAUAAAACUUGGAUAGCUGUGGCCGGUGUGUACACAAACUGUUUUAGUAGGUGCAGUCUGAGGGCCAUGGCUACUUCAGGUUGCAGUACUCCUGGUGAGGCACUGUGUGCAAAACGAUCUGAAGCCCAUGGCAUGCCUUUUCAGCUGAGUUCUUGCGAGCGAACCAGGCAUAACUGCUUCGAGCACCAGCUAGAGAUAGAUUGCGCCCUCCGUUUUUCUUGUUCGAGUGUCUCUGUUCUUGCCUUCAUCUGCAGAGAGUGGAAAUUUCACGCAUUGCAGCUAGCUUACGCUUUGUGCUGUCAAACCAUUCUCUGUAACAUCUUGCAGUCUGCAUUACCACUUUUUCUCCUCAGCUUGACGUACUGACUCGUGUAAUAGCAGAAAUGCAGCUUUGAACUCCCAUAUAUGGAUUAUAUAUGGGCUUAUAAGUGGUGUCCGUAAUUUCCAGCUGGUGAAAAGGGGCUGUUUCUUGGCAAAGUCUUAUAUUAAGCCGUAUCAUAUUUUUUAAGUAAAGCACAAUAAACGUGUAAGUAGGGCAACAUUAUCCGUUGAGAGAGAAGUUAGGGAUAGGGAUGAACACAGUGAACAGUUUGCUGUUCUUGCUUUCUUUAGCUGAUUGUGUUGUCUGAUGUCAGUAGGUUGGCAGCUUUCACAACUCGGCGUUGCAGAAUUAGUGUGUUUUGUACCCCCCCGGUGUUUUAUGCUUUUAAAGAAGAUGGAUUAAUUUUUAUAAUUCAGAGCUCAGGUGAAGCGGGAAAUUUGAACUCGAUAGCAGCCAUACUACUUUUUUUUGCAAUAUAGUAAGGAAAGGGUGAGGCUAUUGCAUGAGUCUGUACGUUAGCUCCUUUCCAACCCACAAAGUAAUUACAUCAUCUUCAGCGGGAGCUUUCUCGUUUCUAUCGGGCUCCUUCAUAAGCAAGCAUUAAGGCUAGAUAUUGAAAAUAAUAUGGACUAGGAGACAUAUUAACAAUAUUUGCGUAGUUUGUGCAUGUAGCAGGCAAAGUUGAUAGCUUCAAAAGGCUUAGCAUAUCUUCUCGGCUACAAAGCGUAGACCUAUGCUAGUUGCAUUUUACGGGCAUUUGUGUUCUCGUGACACUGGGGUUCUGAAAAUUUCUGAACUUAUGCAUUGUUUGCAACAUUAUCCUCAAUUCUGUCAUUUAGCUACAUAACUAUGUGAUAGUUGCCCACCACUUGUCUAAUUUGUAAGACUUCUCGAGAGGGUGCAGAAGGUGGCAAGCUUGCAGGAGUGUUAUCUUAUGGCAGGCACAGGUUGUUAUGUCAACAAAAGUGAGCAGCUGCGUUUCAUUUUAGUUCAGCUGUGACCAUGUGGAAAUGCUUUAGAUUCAGGUUCUGUCGUCUGCACUGGUUCUUUGCUUGGCAUUGCAAAUAUUUCGCAAUUUGCCAUUUUAAGAGCCAUUCCGAAACUUCAAAUACUAUGAGGGGCAGGACGUUACCAUGUCUUUCCAACCUUUGUUUUCCUAAUUAUUUUUUGUUUGAUUUUCAGGAAUUGUGAUUGUGUAACCUGUGUGUAUGUGUGCAUUGUGCACUCAUAUGCAUGUGUGUAAAUAGUGGGCUUGUUUUUCCGGUGUUUUUUUUUCCGUUCUUGCUUUUGGUCCUAUUUAUUGCUCGUCUUGACAAUGUGUGUACCUCUUGUUGCCUUGUUAGCCUGGGUUGCUUGUGUUAGUCUAUUGUCAAAAUAUGCAGUCAUUUCACACAAUCUGUGCACAUGCUCGUUUGAUCAUGUGCCGGCAUGGCCAUCAGAGUAUGUACAGACCCGAGUUUGUGUUGCUCUGUGUACUUGUUUUACUGGCUCUUGUGAUUAUGGUGUCGGAUGGCAAAUGCUGCCGUGCAAGGCACUGUUGUCGGGAAACAGAAAGGUGGCAUAGGUUGCACAAGGAACGAGUUGCAACAGAGGCUGCAAGCGUGCAUCAUUUGACAUUCUUUUCUUUUUGUUUUCACAUUUUAGUUAUCGCAUUCAACUGUCCGUGUGUGAGUGGAUGUGCAUCAGGAGAGUCUGCCGGUGCAUUGCAAUUGUUAGAGCUACAUUUUGCGGAGGUUCCUGCCCAAAUAGCAGUUGUCUGGAUGGGAAGCUCAUGCCAUUUGUAGAACUCACUUGUGCGCUUGCAUAAAGCUUGCGAAGAAAAAGAAAAAUACCAGCACAGUGUAGCAUGUAGAAACGCAUGAUGCUAGCAGUCCUAAAAGCAAGGCGCACGCAGUGCGACACCUCUGGUGUUCAUCGUCAGAGGCAGUUUUCUAUGCUCAUGACAGGGAAUGGCUAGUUAAAGAGUUGAGCGAAAGAUUACUAUCCAAGUUGGAGUUUAGGCAUUGCUUGACGUGUCUGAUAAGUUAAUUUUGCUAAUGAUGAAGCCUCUUGCUAAUUUAAGUAUGGUAUAGAAGGGUGACUGUGUUUUUCAAGUUGUCAUGCGCUGUACCCUCUCUGGGCUGGCAUAGUCCAGUUGGGAGAGACAAAAGAGCAAAAGAAAAUUUGGGGGGCACUUAACGGAGAACAAAGCAUUAAAGGGCACAGUCUGCCCUCUCUCGUAGUUGCAUGCUGCUCAGAUCCACAUCAUGCACUGUACAGAGAAAAGUCGAACUUUAAGCGAAAUUUCACCUCCCAGUAGCCUAGACCUUUGGCCUAUGCUGCCCGCCAGCGCAGUUCAUCCCGCAUUUGCAUGCACCAGUGAGCUCCCCGUAUGGUGCAAGGCCUGUGUGUGUUUGUGUGUGCAUUUGAGGGAGCAGUGCCUCUGCCCUUGGACUGUAUUAUUCCCGUUUCUGUUGGUUAUUAUUUUUGUAUCAUUCAGGUGGUGGCAGUUGCGGUGUUUUAUUAUCUCGGCGAGCACGGAAGGCGCACUUGCAUGUAGCUUGUUGACUGUCGAACGAGGGUAGGAGGGACAGGUCACCGUUGUUGGUUAAUUAUUUUGUUUAAAUGAGCUGAAAAGUGAGCACUGUGUUAGAUGUACAUACAUAUAAUAUAUAGAUAUAUAUAUCUCUAUCUCUACCAUUGACCUAUAGCGACAAAGAGAUUUGCCUGGGGCAGGAAUCGGGAGCGUUUCGCCUGGUGUAGGACACUUGAUGGCACACGGGUGAAGGGGGCGAAGUAACCCGACCAUUGAGCAAGCACAGCUCUUGCUUCGGGCUGAGCCGAUUCGAAGCCAGUCUCUCGUCUUUGCCUUGCCACAACUCUUACUAUGGACAGCUGAGCAGCCACUGUUCUCGGCAACGAUAUCACCACCUUUUGCCGGUGGCCACUCGAGUCUCUCCGCCUGCACUGUUCGGGGUGCGUGCUGUGCAGGUCUUGUGGCAGCAUGGCAUCGUCGGCCAUGCCGCUGGCUUCGCACGGCUCGCCUCCACGUGCCAAGCAGCAGAGCCAAGGUGUGCUACCUGUGCACCUGAAUUAAAUGCACCUCUGUCUUUUC